GCUCCCCCCCUCCGCGGCCUCGAGGCGCUUUCCGUUGCGCCGAUUCCCGCCCGCUUCCUCCUGCUCCCCAUCGAAACACCAGACAUGAGUUUUUCCAUCUCUUCAGAGAUGAACCAGAUUAUGAUGCAUGAUUAUCACAGAAGAAAUUCAUGUCUAUAGCUUUUAAGGACUUGAUUACAUCAUUUCAAGCCUGAUAGUUUUGGAAUCACCAUUAGAGCUUAAGACACCUCUGCCUUCACUUCAACCACCCGUCUUCAUACCUUGAGGAAGUGCUGAGUUUUAACACUCCUUUGUCUUUGGAUUAUUUAAGACAUCUCAGAAAAACAUUUCUCACCAGUUCAGUAGCCAAAUUUGUAAGGAAAAAUGAUUCCCAAUGGAUAUUUAAUGUUUGAAGACGAAAACUUUAUUGAGUCUUCUGUUGCCAAAUUAAAUGCCCUGAGGAAAAGUGGCCAGUUCUGUGAUGUUCGACUUCAGGUCUGUGGCCAUGAGAUGUUAGCACACAGAGCAGUUCUGGCUUGCUGCAGUCCCUACUUAUUCGAAAUCUUUAAUAGUGAUAGUGAUCCUCAUGGAAUUUCUCAUGUUAAAUUUGAUGAUCUCAAUCCAGAAGCUGUUGAAGUCUUACUGAAUUAUGCCUACACUGCUCAGUUGAAAGCCGAUAAGGAAUUAGUGAAAGAUGUUUAUUCUGCAGCAAAAAAGCUGAAGAUGGACCGAGUAAAGCAGGUUUGUGGUGAUUAUUUGCUAUCUAGAAUGGAUGUUACCAGCUGCAUCUCUUACCGAAAUUUUGCAAGUUGUAUGGGAGACACCCGUUUGUUGAAUAAAGUUGAUGCCUAUAUUCAGGAGCAUCUGUUGCAAAUUUCAGAAGAGGAAGAGUUUCUUAAACUUCCACGGCUAAAGUUGGAGGUAAUGCUUGAAGAUAAUGUUUGCUUGCCCAGCAAUGGCAAAUUGUAUACAAAGGUAAUCAACUGGGUGCAGCGUAGCAUCUGGGAGAAUGGAGACAGUCUGGAAGAGCUGAUGGAAGAGGUUCAAACCUUGUACUACUCAGCUGAUCACAAGCUGCUUGAUGGGAACCUACUAGAUGGACAGGCUGAGGUGUUUGGCAGUGAUGAUGACCACAUUCAGUUUGUGCAGAAAAAGCCACCACGUGAGAAUGGCCAUAAGCCGAUAAGUAGCAGUUCCACUGGAUGUCUCUCUUCUCCAAAUGCUACAGUACAAAGCCCUAAGCAUGAGUGGAAAAUCGUUGCUUCGGAAAAGACUUCAAAUAACACUUACUUGUGCCUGGCUGUGCUGGAUGGUAUAUUCUGUGUAAUUUUCCUUCACGGGCGAAACAGCCCACAGAGCUCACCAACAAGUACUCCAAAACUAAUUAAAAGUUUAAGCUUUGAGAUGCAACCAGAUGAGCUGAUAGAGAAGCCCAUGUCUCCCAUGCAGUAUGCGCGGUCUGGUCUGGGGACAGCAGAGAUGAAUGGCAAGCUCAUAGCAGCAGGUGGCUAUAACAGAGAGGAAUGUCUUCGAACAGUUGAAUGCUAUGAUCCACGUACAGAUCACUGGUCCUUUCUUGCUCCCAUGAGAACACCAAGAGCUCGAUUUCAGAUGGCUGUACUCAUGGGCCAGCUCUAUGUGGUAGGUGGAUCGAAUGGCCAUUCGGAUGACCUGAGUUGUGGAGAGAUGUAUGAUCCAAACAUAGAUGACUGGAUUCCUGUUCCAGAAUUGAGAACUAACCGUUGUAACGCAGGAGUAUGCGCUCUGAAUGGGAAAUUAUACAUUGUUGGUGGCUCUGAUCCAUAUGGUCAAAAAGGACUGAAAAACUGUGAUGUAUUUGAUCCUAUAACAAAGUCAUGGACAAGCUGUGCUCCUCUUAACAUUCGUAGACACCAGUCUGCAGUCUGUGCGCUUGGUGGUUUUUUGUACAUAAUCGGAGGUGCAGAGUCUUGGAAUUGUCUGAACACAGUAGAACGUUACAAUCCUGAAAAUAACACCUGGACCUUAAUUGCACCCAUGAACGUGGCAAGGCGAGGAGCUGGUGUAGCUGUUCUUGAUGGAAAAUUGUUUGUAGGUGGUGGCUUUGAUGGUUCUCAUGCCAUCAGUUGUGUGGAGAUGUAUGACCCAACUAGAAAUGAAUGGAAGAUGAUGGGAAACAUGACUUCACCAAGGAGCAACGCUGGGAUCACAACUGUAGGGAACACCAUUUAUGCAGUGGGAGGCUUUGAUGGCAAUGAAUUUCUGAAUACGGUGGAAGUCUAUAACUUUGAGUCAAAUGAGUGGAGCCCCUAUACAAAGAUUUUCCAGUUUUAACAAACUAACAGGCUUAGUGAUGUAAUUGUGUUUAGUAGAGGUACACUUGUGAAUAAGGAGGGUGGGUGGGUAUAGAUGUUGCUAACAGCAACACAAAGCUUUUGCAUAUUGCAUAUUAUUAAACAUGCUGUACAUACUUUUUGUGUUUAUUGGGAAAGGAAUGCAAAGAUGAAGGUCUGUUUUGUGUAUUUUUAGGACUACUUUGGUUAUUUUACUUUUUGGAAGUUGAUAUUGUAAAAGAAUAAACCAAGACUUGAUCGGGCAUGUCAUUUCAAGAAGUCCCCUCUCCUCCACAUUUGUUUUGCCAAUUUGCACAUUAAUGACUCUUCCCUCAAACAUGUAUUAUGGGGCAAGAGGGUAAGGUUUAAGAUCGAGGCAGUUGGGUUUUUUAAGGGCCCUUUUUCAAUAACUGGAACACUAUACAAAAGAGACUUAUUUAACUAGAUGACAAUGACUAUUUUUGUUUUUAUUAAAAGAAAGCUGACAUGCCUACCAAGAUUUAAUCUUUUAUGAUUGCCUUUUUAUAACUUUUUAUAUUCUCAGCACAGUGCUUUACAUAUUGAAGAUGUGGCAGAUUCAAAUUACUGAAGCAGACUGGCGGUCUUAAAGGAUGCAGGAUGAGGGGUUUCUGUUGUACACCCAGAAUGCAAACUUAAAAGCUUUUGCCUCAGUUACUGGUUUUUUUUGUUUGUUUGUUUGUUUUUUUGGGUUUUUAGGUUUUUUUUUUCUUUUUUUUUUUGAGAAUACAGUACUGAUGUUUAUUUGAAUGGAGUUGCUGAACAGUAACAUAGCUGUGAUUUUUAUUUGAAACACUGAUUUCACAUACUUUGACUUCUUGAGGGUAUAUUUUAUAUAGCAAGACAUUUAAUAUAUAAGAACGGUGAAGUACUUUAUUUUCUAAAUAAUUCCUGUCUUUAUUUAUCAUUAACAAAACAAUCCUAAAUAGCAGCCCUCGAUUGUGGAAGAAAAUUAAACUGUAUUGGGUUUAAGAAUUCAGCGUUUAUCAGAACUAUGUUUUUGUUCAGUUUUUCUAUUCACAUGGAUAAAUACUGGUUGGGGUGACUUUAUCGAAUGUGUAGUGCUACACAUAUAACUGAUGGUGCCAAAAUUAGCACAUCCUAAUGCUUGCUGCCGAUGCAAACAUAUUAAAGGUACUUUGCAGGAAA